UGGGCGUGUACCUGGGCGAGUAAACAAGUCAGUUCAAACUGUUAGUGGUUCAGUCUUCACACUCCUCACGCGUCUAGUUCACUCGCGUCCGUGAAAUUCAGCAACGCGAUACAUCAUCAGCGCACCUUAACGCAGGUGACGGGACACCCGGAACAACACGCGAGUCACCUGAGUUUCAAUCAACCCCAGAAGAGCCGAGCAGAUCACAGUCAUGCCAGAGCUCAAGAAGAACAAGUUGUUUAUGGUGCUGAUGGAUGUCAUGUGUGUGCUCGUGGUGGCGAUGCCGUUCAUCAUAAUGACCAUCAUGUUCCGGCCGUACCAGCGUGGCAUUUACUGCAAUGACGAGACCAUCCGUUACCCCUACAGACUAGACACCAUCUCUCACAAAAUGAUGGCGGCUGUUACCAUUUCCUGCUCCAUCAUUAUCAUCACUUCCGGAGAGGCCUACCUGGUCUACACAAAACGUCUCUACUCCAAUUCGAACUUUAACCAGUACGCUGCGGCGCUCUAUAAAGUGGUGGGUACGUUUCUGUUCGGUGCGUGUGUGAGCCAGUCUCUGACCGAUAUGGCCAAGUACACCAUCGGACGAUUGCGGCCCAACUUCAUGGCAGUGUGUGCUCCGGAAGUGUGUGAGGGCUACAUGCUGGAGAUCAACUGCACGGGAAACCCUCACAACGUGACCGAAUCCAGGCUGUCGUUCUACUCCGGUCACUCCUCCUUCGGGAUGUACUGCAUGUUGUUUCUGGCGCUGUAUGUCCAGGCACGUAUGGCAUUCAAGUGGGCCCGCCUCCUCCGGCCCACAAUUCAGUUCUUCCUGGUGGCCUUUGCCAUUUAUGUGGGUUACACGCGUGUGUCUGACUACAAGCACCACUGGAGCGACGUGGUGGUGGGUCUCCUGCAAGGGGCGUUGAUCGCAGUCCUCACGUGUUCUACAAAUCUGCAAGCUGCAUUAGGACUUUCUCCUCUCCGUCACAGGUGCGAUACGUCUCUGACUUCUUUAAAGAGCGCCCCCCUCGUUGCCAGGAUGUUGAAAAUGCUGAAAACGAAGACAGCGAACGCAAGCCCAGCCUUCAGAUCGCAGACACGGACAGAAACCAUCACUCCUACAGCAGGCCUGUAUGAGCCUGACCUUUGACUUGUGAGAGCACUGGAUGCUGCACCAUGUCUCGUACAGACAGCCACACACACUGUACACUGGCACCGAGUGAAUGCAUGAACUAACAUUGAAUAUUAGAUUUUAAACUUCUCUACAGACCGUGUUUAUACCGGAUUUUGUCUUAUGCACGCUCAUAUCACCAAGUGCACAGAUCGCCUGACAUCUAAUGAACCGUUAGGGACUUUAUUGUAUCAGAGCACAAAGACGAACUUCUCCAAGGGGAACUGGUUGUUUCCAUGACAACCUCAAAACCACCGGUUGACAUUUACUGACUAGCCGUACUUCUGCUGUUGGAAGCGAUUCUUUCGGCAUGGGAAAGAAAGUGAACUUUUCUAAGCCAUCAGAAGACAAGAAUUAAUGUUUCGCUUGGUAAGAAAUCCAGGAAGAGAAGUCUAAACAUGGAACAGAUGCCAAAAAAGGUCUUUCUCACAUUGUCAAUUAGAUAUUUUAUACAAUUUUACAUGUGUGUUAUAUAUAUUAUAUAUAACUGGAUUAUAGGGACUUUAUUAUUAUUUUUAUAUAUAUAAAGAAAGGUUAUUUUCCUGUGGCGGUAGGUUUAGGGACAUUUCUAAACGUAACAUUUUGGUAAGCUAGUUAUUAUAUCCGCACACAUCUAGAAGAAAUUCUGCACAGCAUGAAUCUUUUUUAUAUUACUUUUUUAUGUUUAAUUUGCUAAAGACUACCAUGACAACUCGUGAUUUCAAUCUAGCUUUGUCGCGUCGCUCACUCUCAUAACAAUACGAUUUUAUGAAAACCACUAUCUAACCGAGGCACAUAUAUAUCGGUAAAUUUCAUGGAAAUGAGUCUUACUAACCGUCCUAUCCAACAGUAAGGAUCAGGAAAUGUUAACUAUCAGAUUUAAUACGUUAAACAGCUGUUUAUCUCUGAACAUUAACACCACGUGAAUGUGAAAAUGCUUCUUGUAAUGUUAAAAUCACAGCCAAUCAUAAAGCUGUAUGCUGAUUCUGAACCAAUGAGGAUUCACUGAGGGGCGGAGCUACCCAACAUGACAAGAAACUGACGCUUGUAGAUUAAAAUGGACUUGCAAAAUGUUGUACCUACAUUAUCGGGCUGAAUGUUUCCACAGCAUUAUGAUUGUUUAGUUUUAAAUGCAUAUUUACAGUGAAAAACGACUGGCGGAUUCAAGAAUCAGGUUAGAUUUAUUUUCUUCACGUCAAGCCUUUGCGUAUGACGAAAUUACGUUUUAAAUGUUAAACAUUGGUCCAUUACAAUAUUAGAGUUCGCUUACCUGUAUCUCUCCAGAGACCAUUUUUUCCAGGAUUUUGUCUCCCGUUUACA